AUGGAGCACGGAGGUCCGUCCCGUGAUUCUGAUUUGGUGAACGGUCCGGAAGAACGGACUGAAAGAGAGUCGAUUCUGAUUGAUAUCUCCUCGGAUAUUGAUAGUCAAUCGCAAAAGGGUUUCAGCCUGGUCGGAAGCCUUAUUGCCCUCAAGGCCCCCAAUGGUUUUCACCUCUUGGAAAUUAUGAAGAAGUCUUGGAAAACUCAGAAGGAGUUUGAAGUCAGAGAAUGGAGGAAAAAUCUGUUCCUCUUUACUUUUGAAUCUGCAGCCGACAGGGAAUGGGUGCUCAAACGACAACCGUGGCACUUCGACAAUCAUUUAUUUGCGAUUAAAGGUCUCGAUGAUAAUCUUCAACCUUCUGAUAUCAGAGUGGACAGAGGAAGCUUCUGGGUCAGGGCUUAUAACAUGCCGAUCAAGUGUAUGACUUCAUCUAUCAUCCGCAACAUCGGCAAACAGAUCGGUAUCGUUGAAGAUGUGGAUGAGAUGGCGAAUUACGCUGGUUGCUUCGCCCGUUUCAAGGUCAAUAUGGACAUCACUAUUCCUUUGCUUAGGGGAAUCACCAUCUUCUUCGAGGCGCGCCAGUUAUGGAUCCCUUUAAAGUACGAAAGCUUGCCAAUCUUUUGCUACAAAUGCGGCAUAAUGAGUCACCACACGCGAGCUUGUGUGAAAGAAACGGAUGAAGAAGACAGUGGAAAACAUUUCGAAGAUAUUGAGUAUGGCCUCAUUCUCAAAGCUUCACCCUUGAAACGUUUGCGCACAAAGAAGCCCCAGCAAGCCCUAGCCUCAAAGCCUAACCCCACCCGUCAUUUCGAAUGCCACGCCCAAACGCACCCACCCGUGAUACCCUCUAAACCCAGGCCACCACCCCUCUCACACAAUCUUACCACCCACGCUCACCCUGCUCCACCUCACUCAAAUAACCAACCCACCCUACAACAUUCAUCUUCCACCCCAACAGCCAUACCAAAGGAAAAAAAUACUUUUAUCCCUAAAACUGAACAAGAAGGAAAAGACCCACCCUUCAAUACAGCCCCCUUCAAUCCAAGUACAGAUAUCACUCCCAUUACUGAUCUUGCCACGCUACUGAACCUAAAGCUUCCCACAAAGUCAACAAACAACCCUCAAGCAAAAAAAGGAAAAACCUGGUCCCGUUACAAUCGAUCCCCAACCCCAAAGACCCCAACUGUCCACAACCUUUCUGCAAACCAAAGGAAGUGCCAUUCUACGGAAGAGGAAAAUGUUGCUUCUAGAUCCAGAAACGAUGAGGUAGAAGCUGUCCAGAAACGCCUCAAAGGAACUAAUUUAAACAAUGACACCUCCCCAUCCACUGCGCUAUCGGCGGCGAUUGCUUCGGAGCAAUCCCGCCGGGCACAAUGA